AUGAAUAGUUUUAAUUCUUGUUUCGAUGGCAUAAAAGUAAAUAAUUGUAUGAUGCUUACAAACAUAAAGAAACCGUUAAAAAAUACAGUUAAAAAAAAAAAAACUUGUACAUGUGUAAGUAUUAAAAUAGACGAUCACCGAGAUGGGGAUCAACAACCCCCAGUGGCAAACAUUGAAUGCUCUUCGCAUCCUGGUUUCUGUGUUUUAGAUGAUAGUGGAACAUGCACAAAACGUGAAAGUGCCAUUCACUGUGCAGAAGUUUCCCUUAAGUCACUGGGGCAAACAUUAUUAUUAAAAAAAGAAGAAGAAGAAUGCAAAAAUAAAUGUGACGGUAGUGGUUGCAAUAGUAGAAAACUUCAUCAUUAUAAAAUUGAUUUAAAUAAUUCUAACGAAACUGGAUUAGCUGCUGAUAAACAAUGUCAAACUUGCGGAAGUGAAUGUAGUCCUGCCACUUGUAAUAAAAGAUCUAGACAAUAUUUUAUUAGCUGGGAUAAAAUCAGAUCUAAAAUAAUUAUUUUUAUAGUUUUAGCUUUUGUUGUGUGGCUUAGCGUUUACACUGCGUUGUCAUUAACUUCCAAUUUAUAA